UAUUAAUUGAUGAGUGGCCCAAAGGCAGCACUUGUUUUGUUUCCUAGUUGAAAAUUCUCUUGUAUCGAUUGGAAACUUGGUAGCAUGAAAAUCAUUUUCUUCUUCGUAUUAACCUUUUCAAUCACAGUUUUAAGCAGCCCUCCUCCAAAGUAUGACUCAAUUUUCAGCUUCGGAGAUUCGCUCGCCGAUACCGGAAACCUCCUGCUCUCCGGAGCUAUCAAGUUUCCGGUGAUCGGAGAACUCCCCUACGGCCAAACAUUCUUCCGCCAUGCCACCGGCCGUUGCUCCGACGGCCGCCUCAUUGUCGACUUUAUAGCGGAGGCAUAUGGUUUACCGUAUUUACCGCCGUAUUUAUCUCAUGGUAAAGAUGAAAAGUUUGAGCAUGGGGUGAAUUUCGCAGUAGCAGGAGCUACUGCUCUUGACCCAAAAUUCUUCUACGAUCGCAAGAUCGGGCAGAUUCUUUGGACAAAUGAUUCAUUAAGUGUUCAACUUGGCUGGUUCAGCAACCUCAAGUCCACUCUUUGUUCCCACAAACAAGAUUGUGCAAAGUAUUUCAAAAGAAGUCUGUUUCUGGUGGGGGAGAUUGGUGGCAAUGACUACAACUACCCAUUCUUUGUCGGUGGAACCAUUACUCAACUUAAGGCAACGGUACCUGCGGUUGUUGGAGCCAUUUCUGCAGCUACUGCUAUGCUUAUAGAGGAAGGCGCAGUAGAACUGAUAGUGCCUGGGAAUCUGCCUAUUGGCUGCAACUCGGUGUAUCUAACCUUGUUCAGGACAAGUGAUGCAACAGCCUACGACAAAAACGGGUGUCUGAAAGCUUAUAACGCUUUCUCAAAGUACCACAAUUCUCAACUCAAAAUUGCUUUGGACAAGUUGAGGCAUAAAUAUCCUCAUGCAAAAAUCAGCUAUGCUGAUUACUAUGGUGCUGCUAAGAGAUUCUUCCAUGCUCCCAAGCAUUACGGUGAGUGGAAUAUAUAUAUAUUUUUCAUUAUAAAUUUAACUGUAUCAGCUAAUUUAAUGGUGGGAACUGCAGCUUUUACGGAGACGUUAGUGACCUGCUGUGGAGGAGGUGGGCCAUACAAUUUCAAUAAUUCAGCGAGAUGCGGUCAUGUUGGAUCGAAGGCCUGUUCGGAUCCGAAAGGUUAUGCGAAUUGGGAUGGGGCCCAUUUAACGGAGGCCGCUUACCGUUACAUCGCUUUGGGCUUGCUUAAUGGGUCCUUCACUACUCCUCCGCCCACAUUCUCCCCUAUUCAUGCAUUUUGAAUCUCUUAUCAUUUUAAAUUGUCAAUGCGAGAAUUGGCUUAGUUGUGGAUUGAUUUCCUCAAAUUUUUAAGGUGACAAAUCGUAAGGUUAUGUAUUUCAAAAGUUAUGUAAUAAUUCAUAAUUGGGUUCAAA